AAUUUCACCUUCGUUUUUAAGUGGUUGCAUUGCUCCAACACCGCAAGCACUGUUUUUUACCCGGUGGCGCCAAAUUCAAUUUCCUUUUGAAAAACCAGUCCGUUACCUGUCCCUUUUUUCCUGCCUUUCAUAGCUAAUACCAAACAAUUCAGCAGAAAUGCGAACUCGAUUUCUCAACACAGACUACUUCACCUCUUAUCCCUCUCCAGAAGAAACCCUAAGCUUCCUCAAGCUCCCAAUUCCUCACCUCCCUCCUCGUCUCCUGAGCUUCGAAGAAGAUUUCUCUCGCUUCGAUUCCCAAGCAAAUAUCUCUCUUGAGGUGGAGAGGUUGCCGAUUGAUUCAGCUCUCUCUAAGUUUAUCUCACAAGUGAUACCUGAAAUAAUUGAUGUUGACUAUGAAGAUUUCGAGGAUCAUCAGUUUCGUAAUGCAAAGCUCUGCGCCGAUGAGCAGCGGAAGUUUAGCUGGGGAAGUGACGAGAUCCGAUACUCCGAGAAAGAAGCCAAGCCUCUUUUUGAAGAUACAAAAGAGGGGAUUGAAAAAGCAUAUGGACAUGAAUCUCUGGAGAAAGAUGGUGAGAUUACAGUAUACGAGAAGCAUAUGCAGAGGCUUGAAGUCAUCCAAUUUGAAGCACCAGAACUCGAUGAAUUCUCGGAAAAUGUUUGCGGUUUUGAGGAGAGCAUGCGAAUUCUUUCUGGAGUUCCAGAGUUAGUGAACGGUUCGGAUAUUUUCAAGCCAGGGGUUAAAUUGCUGUACUCUGAGAAGACAAAAGAAUCAGUUUAUUCAGUUGAAGAUGUUACUUUAGAUCAUGACAUGGAUAUAAAAGCUUGUGUAUUGGAAGCUGAUGAUUCCGGUAGUGAACAUAUGAACUUCCAUUAUUACGUGUUUCCUUUUUUGGAAGUUGAUGAGAUAAGUCUGAGGACCUUCACAAACCUGUCCAUGGAAGAUGAACUAUUGUCAUUUCUUGAAAAUACAACCACUCAAUGGAGUCCAAACGAUGACGUCCUUGGAGAUGGAAUGGAGCUAUUUGCAUCAAAGCCAUAUGAUGUUCUGGAGUUGUUUUCAAACCAUUGUCUAACAGAGCAGCGUCUUGAAACUGAGCUGGAAUCCAUAGAUAAAAUCCUGGUGAUGGAUAUUAUAAGCAUGAUCGAAAAAGGGGACCCUGCUUUACCAACAAGCCCACUUGUUUUUCAGGAAUUUGAAUUCCUUGAAGUGGACUCAUCUGAAAUUUAUGAAGUCUUCUUCAAGAUGCAAACAACUGAGGAGCCAGAAACAAGUGAGUGGAUGUUCAGAGCAGACAAGAACUUUAAGAAUUUCAAUGAAUUGAUUGUUAGUUGUGAGCUUGCUCUGGUGGAUGACACUUUUAAGUCAAUGCCUAUACCUGUUCAUUCUGACCAUCACAAGGUAAGGUCAUUGCACGCCAUUGUUGAUGAAAUACUAGCUGAAUUAAAGCCAAAACACCUUUCAGCAUCCGAUGGGAUAUACUUGGAUUGGCACCUCCUGGAAGAAGAUAAAUGCAACAGUAAGAUAUUAUCCUUAUAUCAGAAUGUAUUGGAGUCGGAUUUGCACAACAUUGAUUUUGAUCGGGGCUCUUUUGACAAGGGAAAGUGGGUGAUGGAUUUUGUCUUAUCUAACGAUGCUUUGGAUGGGCCAAAAGUGGAAGAGUUUAAGGAAUCACCGGUUAUCUUUUCUGAAGGCAUUUCCAGUGAUCAACUUUUGGGAGUUCCUACAAGUAAAUUGUUGGACGAUGGAUGCUCAAAAUCUGGAAAUGGGGAGCAUUUACGUCAAGAAAAUUCUGCGAAGGUGAUCUUAUUUGAAUCUAUGUCAAAAUUCAACGAUCUUGAAUUUUUCUUGAAUCCUGGGAAGGUCACUGGUGAUGACAUAAGUGAAUCUGCUGUCAAGGCGCAUGGUACUAAUGCUACAUUUCCCAAGGAAGGAGAGUCUCAGUCUGCCCUUCACGUGGAAAAAAAUACGGAUGACCAGAAAUUGAAAGAAGUGCUCAAUGUUUUUCCUACUGAGAUCAAGCAACAUGCAACAGCUUCGGAUAAAGUAGAGCCUACGCCUAUAGAGGUUCCUGAAGUGUCCUGUUCAAUGAAAUCAGAGCAGACUCAAGCAUGCAUGAUUCCUUUCCCUGACACCAUAGUUGUUGUGAAUACUCAAAAUUUUGACAAGGAAAUGAUAAUAUCCAGAAGAAGCACGUACCAAAAAAUUCUUGCAAUGGAGAAAGAGGGAUUACAAGUCGUGGAACGUGAUAUCGAUCUGCCUGUGGAUGUUGUGAUUAUUUCGGCCAUUUGCUUGGUGUGGUACCAUUGCAGAAACAUUAGAAAGAAAGCAACUACUGCAGAUGAAGCUUCUUCAGGCUUGCCAUUUUGCAUUGAGAAUAUUGCUACAAAUGUUUUGCCAUUGCUGAGUUUCACUUUCAGCUGCUGCAUUCUGCUGUUUGAGGGAGAGAUCAACUUCCUUUCCUCUGUAAUGGAAUCCUCAGAUGGACUCUAUGCAACAGCAGCAAGCCUGGGAAUCGAUUUACAGCUUUUCUGUUCCUAUUCAUCCGAGUUGACUGAUGAAAUCAUAUUAAGCAAUAUCUUGUAUGCUGCUAAGUUGUGUAGGGGCAUAUUUCCUAAAAUGCCUGAAUCAGAAACUCUUGCAGAAUCGUUCCUUACCAAAUUUCCUUCGAUAAAUCCAUUGACAGCUCAUGCAAUACUCUCUUCUGGAAGCAAGCUAAUCGAGUUUCUUGAGUGGUCAAAUGAACGCAGGAUUCUUGCACUCCAACAUUAUCAUGUUCCUGAAGAAAGUAUUGUCCUAUUUAGUGCUUUUUGCAGCUAUGGCGAACGGGAGGAUUCUAAAUCUAUAAUGACCGACUGUUCUUCUUCUGUAUCCUCGGGUCCUGACUCCAAUAAAUGUCAUUUUAAUGUGGCUUCUGAAAAAAAACCAAAAAAAUGCAUACGUAGCCCCUCGAAAAUUGGAAUGCAUAUGAACGAUGCAUGGCAGUUUGAACCUUUAAACCAUUUCCCUGAUGACGUGCAGGGUCCUCCUGGAGUGUUAAAGGGAGAUGAUUGCUGGAUGUUGAGAGAUACUGAGAUACUUGAUGAUUUGCAAUGGCCGCGGCCAUCUUUGAAAGAUAUGUUUGGUCAAAACCAGGGAAUGGAUAUUGCACAGACAGUGGAUUAUUCUACUAUCUCCAAGCCACGUGAUUCCCAUAACUCAAAGGUUCCUGUAAUAUUAGAUGAAGUUGAAAAUCCAGGGUUAUAUUUGAAUGAUAAAUUUUGGGGUCAAGAUGAAGGAUCAGAAAUGGUAAUCAAUAACAAGUUGGACUGGAAAAAUACAAGCCAAUCUGAGAAUCCGCAUGAGGACUUUCUAGGUGAAGUAAUUAACCUCACUGAUAUAAUCGGUAAGGAUGUUCCUUCUAUCACUAACUCGAUGUAUUUCUCAACUUGGCUGCCAGAAACAGAACAAGACUCCACAAGAAAGUCGGCCGCAAGAAGAUUGUUAUUUGGUAAAAACAAUUGCCCUACUUUUCCUUCGGCUGCUGCAAUUAACUCUGUUUCAGAUUUAUUCUCCUCCGUAAAAGAUCACAGAAAGAGUUCACAAAAAAACAAUAGUUAUGCUGAAAAUGACAUGCCUUUAAAACGCACCAAAAAGCAAUUAGAAGAUAUAUUAAUGCAAGGAUCUGUAAGAAACACCAAAGAGCUGGCGUUCAAAGAGGAGGUAUCACAUUAUGGUGGAACACCUCUCUCUAAAGCAAUUCAUUCUGCCCAUCCACAACCAGGUUCGCCCUGGACAAUAGAGUUUCUUAAUAGAGUCCGGGAAAAGAGUAGAAUGCGGCAGCAGUCUUUUCCAUGUGAUACAUCAACCCCCGAUUUUGGAUGUUCGGGCGGUAUUUCUAAAGUGACUAAGAGAAAAAGUCCAUCCAUUCUUGAGUUUUUCAAGUACAAAGGGGGCAGUAAUCCUGAGAAAUUACACAAUCAAAAGAAGCAGAAGCAGUAUAAACAAUUCCCAAGCUCAUCCAAUUGUGGAAGAUAUUCAGCUUCUUUCCUUCCGACAAGGACACCCGCUGAUAAGAGAUCAAGACAGACUCUAUCUUUUGCAAUGAAUGAAAGCGGAAGCCAAACUAGGCUUGUCUGGAGCGAUGGAAGUGCACACCGACAAAGCAAAAAGUCGCGGAAGCAAUAAAUAACUAAGAAAGUACAACCAAGGAAUUGAUCGUAGAAUCAUAGCUAGGGUCUUGUUGAUGAAGUUAGAGGUUGGUGGUUCAUUUUUGUAGCAAUGCUAUACUCUUAUUUCAAAAAUCUCUAAUGAGUUCUUAAAAAAAAAAAAAAAAAAAAUUCCACAACACCACCAUCCAUUUAUAGUACAGACUUUCGCUAAGCCAUCUUUUUCUUGUAAAUUCUACAACAGUGCUAUCAUUUUAGUGAUGAGUAAGUCUAUGGAAAGCUCAAACUCAUGUCAGUUUGAGCUUUAUAAUGACUGGAUUAAAUAUUAUAUUUAGAUUUAUAUAUUCAUUGCAUAUGCUCCUUUAACUAAUUCUACUAAAAACUUAUAUAAAUAUUUAAUUUAGUGGUUAUUAAACUCAUUACCAUAUGAGGUU